UUGUCAUUAUUUCGUCUAGCUUUUACUGAUUUAUUAUAUGAUAAUAUUCAUUGCUUUUGUCUUAGGUUCGGUGAUUGUUUCGCUGAAUUGAAGGCUGACGUGUCAGACGUCAUUUUUAACGAGCUGGCCUUUUUCCGUGUGUUGGAGAACUUGGAGCACGAACGAGCCGACGCUGUAAGUGCAACUACGGAUGCGGACGUGCCCACCACUGUUCAUAUCGGGGCUUUCAGUGACAGAACGGAUGAGGCCCUGACGGAAGCCGCGAAUUUAAAGAGCGGUCGCAGACAAGCAACGAUCGAGUCGUCGUCCAGCACCACUACGGCGGUGUUGAAAGAAACGUAUGCAGACGAUAUUGUUUGUUUUAUUUCUAGAUAGGU